AUCGACUCACGAUCACGUUAGACCCGUAAAAAAUGUCCGAACGAACCGCUUAAUUAAAAUUCAACGGGCGUGUUAGCGAAAGUUCGCGUUUUCUCGGAAAGUCAUCGAUAUAUGUGUCCACGUGUCAAACGCAGUCAAACGGCCCCGUCCUGAGCAAACAGGCAAAUAUACGAUCGCGCCGAACAAGCCGUUAAUAAUCCAUUCCACAUAUUUGCGAGUAUUGCGGAAUGUACUUUUUUUUUUCCUUCUACCGAGAACUUUUGUCGCGGCGUUAUUUCAAUUUCCAUGCUUUCGUGUACUCCCCUUUCACUCGGCAUCGACAAACAGAGAUUUUACUUUCCACUUUUCACAGAAUCCGCGCAAAAGUAUCGACCUUCGAAGAUGAAUUAUUUCUUUAAAACCUGAAAACGCUUUAUACGUUCCGGCAACAGAUGUCCUCGAAAUAUUUCAGAAACGUUACGACAAUUGUCUUUGAAUUCUCUCUUGUGGAAGCCCUUUAAAAUAUAGUCCUUUGUCAGGCCAGAAUGUACAUGGAAUUCCGUUUAAACGUAAAAACAUUUCCGUUUCCAAAGUUUUCUAGAAAGUAACUGUGGUCAUUGCGGGAAUUGUGGACACGAGCUAUAAUAGGCUUGAUUAUAGCCCAGUUUAAUCAGCUUCUCGCAAACAAGUGAAAAUCGAAAGCGGGCACCCGAAUGAUCAUGUUUCAGAAAAUAGGCGAGAAGAGCUCGAAAAACCAUGUCAAAUUCAAAUUACGACGCUCGCAACGUUUCCACGGUUUUAAUAUUCCUUCGCGGCUGCAAUAACUGUUCGAUCCACUUCAUUUUUCAGGGAUACGUUCUAGGAACGAAAUGUCAUCGCGCGUACUCUCCGCUUUCAUGUCCAUCGAUGGCGAUCGUCGCCGCACAUGGCAAACGGCGGGAAAGUUUUUUUUUCUCCUCUAACGCAAGGCUCUCUUAAAUCUUUCGUAUUUUUCGGAGAAAAGGUGUAUCGAGAAUGCGUGAUUUUUUUGAACAUCACUCGGAGUACCGUCGGAAAUAACGCGACGACUCCACGCCCGAGCAUGACCCUCCUUGUACGAGAGGAAGAGGGAGGGAGGGAGCGAGCGAUCCACGAAACGUACGUCGAGGUCUUCGUGGUGGACGAAACCCGUCGCUCGUGGUUCGCCCGGUGGUAAAAGUACUGACACGAUGUGUCCUCAUUGUGUAUAUAUAGGGGUGCCUGCCAAGAAGACACUGCAGUUCUUCGUAGACCGUCUGCGGGAUAAUAUCAUAGUGUCCUGUUGACAUCUCUUUCGUGAAGUUAAACGUAAUCUUACAACCAAUCACGGGUUCAGAGAGGAAAUAGAUAAGAUCGGAAAGAAAAAUACUCGAUUGCAGCUGAUUGUAUCAGUGGCCAUAGCGUAAAAAAAAGAAAAAAAAAUGAUAACCUUUGUGCUUCUUGCUGCUUUGGUGACGUUGUCCUCCGCCCAAUUCCGUCCACUACCCGGUACUCGGCUUUUGGAAUCGCCGAAUCCAACACUUUGCGCGCAGAGAACUAUCCAUCAACGAUUCAAAGGAAAAGGCUAUUACUUCUCGUGGGCCGAUCCGAGGACAGCCGGGCAGGAGGUGGAUUGGCUGUCAGCUAGAAACUUCUGCCGACAACGUUGUAUGGACCUAGUUUCGCUGGAGACCUCCAUCGAGAACGAGUUCAUCAAGAGCCGCAUCGUUCAAGACAACGUGAAGUAUAUCUGGACCUCCGGUCGCCUCUGCGACUUCAAAGGCUGCGACCGGCCGGAUCUGCAGCCCCUUCAUAUCAACGGCUGGUUCUGGACCGCCGAGUUGCAGAAGCUCGCGCCGACCAACGAUCGUAGUCAAAAUGACUGGUCCGAGAGCGGCGGCAUCGGCAAGCCACAACCUGACAAUCGCGAGGCCAUACAGGGCGGUGCUCCCGAAAAUUGCCUUGCGGUCCUCAAUCAAUUCUACAACGAUGGAGUGAACUGGCACGACGUGGCGUGUCAUCAUAAGAAACCGUGGGUCUGCGAGGACAAUGAGAAUCUCCUGAAAUAUGUCCGCUUCACCAAUCCCAAUAUCCGUGUGUAAUAGAAGAAAAAUUUUCAAGGACCGAUAGCUUUACCUUUGUUUGAACGGGCUUAAGCACCUAUAAAGUUACAACGAAAACGCAUCUAUGCGGCACGCCAGUGAACGCGACUGAAUAGUAUAUAGAACAUCUUAUUUAUUACUAUUGUAAUAUUUAAUACCUCCAUACUCUCUCAUUUGCCCGAGAAACACGAAUUAUUUAAUCGUGAGAAAUUUUAUGUUGCCUUCAGGAAAUAUCACUAUUUAUAUUCCUAGAUAUAAUCAUAGAUGGAAAAUUAUAUUUAAUAGAUAGAGACUGCAGUUCAGGAUUUGUAGGUUACUUUAGUUUACGAAAAGUUACAUAUAUAAUUAUAUUUUCCUAAAAUAAAAUAUUACACUAAUUAUAUAUUCAUUAUUACUAUAUAGCAAUA